AUGUCUGUGUAUGAUGAAGUGGAAAUCGAGGACAUGACCUUUGAUCCCGACACACAGUUGUUCACCUAUCCGUGCCCAUGCGGGGAUCGCUUUCAGAUCAGCAUCGAUGACAUGUGCGAUGGCGAAGAUAUCGCAGUCUGUCCCAGCUGCUCGCUGAUGAUUAAGGUCGUAUACGAGUUGCACGACUUACAGGAGUACUACGAUGAGGCGGGAGUGGAACCCCCUGUGCCUCUUGUCGCGUCUGCAUGA